GGACACAGAUUAAAGGGGGUUUUGCACAAUUCCUCCUACAGGGUUGUGGCAUAACAAAAAUAAAACCCGAGGUUUUUGGAGUAUUUCUUGGCUAAUCUUGGUUUUACCCGCUAAACUCCCAGUUAAUACCUCCCGGGAAUAUGCUGCUCUCUGUGCUGUUGUCUCUGCUGGUCUCCUCAGCCUUCGCCAAAGAGAAAGACAGCGCCCUCCCCAGGCUGACCGAUAGCAAAGCUGCUGAUACCUUCGUCGACUCUGCUGAGGUGGUGGUCAUCGGCUUCUUUGAGGGAGAGGAGAGUCAUGGCUAUAAGGAGUUUGUGGCAGCUGCUCAGCGGGUAGACACGGUCCCUGCAGCUAUCUGCACUGAGAAAGAAGUGUGGGCUCACCUGAGCAUCACCUCGGACACCAUCACCAUUUUCAGAAAGGCAGAUAACCGCCAGGAGAAACUUGUUCUCUCAGAGGCCAAGAAGGUGGAGACUGACGGCCUUGUAAACUUCCUCUUCAUCAAUGAGCUGCGCUACAUCACAGAAUACAACCAAGUGACAGCAGUGGGCCUGUUCAGCUCAGAGGUGAAGACCCACCUCCUGCUCUUCGUCAACGGAGGAAACAAAGACAAUAAUGAACUGAAGGAUCGACUGGCGGCUCUCGCCCCCGAGUUCACCGGCAAGUUCCUGUUUGUGUGGAUAAAUGGAGCCCAGAAGUCCAACGCCCGCUCGCUGGGCUACUUCGGCAUCAAGCCACAUGACCUCCCCCGCAUCGGCAUAUAUGACGGCAACUCUGACAUGAAGUGGCUCCUACCCGAGGGAGAGAUCUCCACCGAGCGAGUGCGGGAAUUCUGCCAGUCCUUUCUACGAGGGGAUCUGAAGGAGGUGAAGGAGGCAGGCAAAGCCAGAACAGAGCUCUAGUGAGAGUAGUAAAUCCGACAACAUGAACCGAUGUGUAUCAAAUCAAUAAAUGGGGGAAGAAAAAUUAGAAA